UUCACUGUGUUAGCCAGGAUGGUCUCUAUCUCCUGACCUUGUAAUCCGCCUGCUUCGGCCUUUUUUUUAUCUUUUUCUUUACUAUAAGAGCCAGUGUCAUGCAGUGGGAUAAAAGUUAGGCAUUAGAACAAAUAAAAAAAGGAGAUGAGAACUUGUCUGGGUGAGGUUAGUCCUCCCAAUGAAAUGAUUCAGACUAUCUUCCCUGCAUGCUAGGGUUUUUUCCAGACAUCCUUCAUUUUAGUCUGGGGCAGGAAGAACAGGGUGCUGCUGUGAAAUCAUAAACCAUUGAGGUUUGACAGUGUGACCUGAAGGUUUGAAGGUAUGACUAGAAGCUGUGUGCUAAGCUUCUGGCUAACAGUAUGGUCAGAAAUGAGUGAGUAAAAUAUGUGGUUUCCCAAAUAAAAAAGGCUUUUGCAGGAAACGAGCCAGAAAAUAAGCAAAUUAAUACUUCAUAUAUUCAUAUUUGUGUGUUACGUGCAUGUUUUGCACAAAAGUGAAUUUGGAAGACAAAGUACCAGAACAUUCAAAACUCUCGUAUUUCUCUUCUUUCUGUUUUAUUAACUGGUUGUGAUAAAGUUUAAUACUUCCAACUUUGUGCCUCUUUAAUCAAAAGGCCAAGUAGGGAGUUUCAAUCCCAUUUGAAGUUACUGUUAUCUUCUGGUGCUGAUUAUGUUUUCCUUUGAAGGAGAAAUUUGCCUUUUCCAGCAAUUCAGAGCUUGGUAAUGAAGAGAAUACAGAAGGAGCAGCUAGAAAAUUUGACUUUCCCAUCAUCAGUUUCAUUCCGCCUCUUUUCAAAACUAUGAACACAUCUAGAUUUUAUAGUCAAUUCCUUUUAACUUGAUCCACUUUGUUCAUCAAGUGCACUUGUAGGCAUCAUACCUCUUACAUGUGCUACAGUUUCAAUAAUGAAAAAGACAGAGUUACGGACUUUAUAUUAUGUUGGAGAGACAAUAUGUAAAAAGUAUAAAAAAGGGUGCUCUGCAUUUGUCUAGUCUCUAUCCUGAGAACUAUUCACCUUCUCUCUGGCUAUAUGGAUGUAAAUCAAAACAGAAAAAUGCCUCUACAUCACCAGUAUCUAUCUGCAUGGGGCAGUAAGAUAUGCAGCCACAGAAUGGUUUCUCUAGAGCAAUGGUGGCACUGGUACUCCAAGCCUCAUGGCAGGAUAGAGAACCUGGCUCAGUGUGAUAUGUCAGGAUUUCUCAACUGCAGUCCUGGUGUUUCCCCUAUUACAACCUGAGGGGAAGAAAAACAAGAAAACAGUUACUUAUUUUGAAGUGUAAGAAAUCCUGUCUGUAGUGCUAACAUUUAUUAGUCCUAGCCUAUGAAGCGUGUGAUACUUUUAUUGAACCUAUGAGAAAAGUGAGGCUUGAGGAUUUGGUUGACUUAUUCGAAUUUUAUAGAUAAGAAGGACUUGAAUCUUGGACUUCAAGUAACAAUUUUUAACAUUGAUGAGAGCCUCCCAUAUAUAUGCCAGGUUGUAGUUAGACACUUUGAGAUGGAUCUUAUCUCAUUUAACCCUCACAGCAACCUUGGAUGGCAAAAGAAAAAUCACUCUUUUGCUAUGGUGAAUACAAGACUUAGAGAAAUGAAGUAACUUCCCUGAAGUCACAUAUGGGAGCUAGGGGCUAGCAUUUCAAGCCAGAUUUUCCUGGUUCCAGGAUUCAUACUUUGUGGCAAGACCUUGUUGGAAGCCUAGGUCCUUCUGAAUUCAUCGUCCAUUGUGCUCUGUCUUCAGUCAGGCCUGAUUUUAAACAGGAAUGAAGAAUGAGCAAUAACGUUUCCUUAUGCAAGUCAAUGAAUUUCUUCACUUUAGUUUCCUCAUUUGUGAAAUGGGGACAAUAAUAAAUACUUGUAAAUGUUGGGAGGUUUUAAUAUGGUCAUAUGCACAAGAGGUACUCCAAUACAUGACGGUAUCUCUGUCACCUUUUCAACAUCCGCUAUUACUACACCCCAGCCCCUGCCCCCGUCACCCACUUCCUAUCUUUUCUCACAGAACUAACUUCCUUUAUUUAUUAUUUUGGCAUUGAGAUAAAGGAAUACGGACCAUCUUUACUCUGAUUUGGGAUUGACAAAACCAAUCCAGGAUGGAGGAAAAGAAGAAAAUGCCCAGCAGCAAGUAUUCCUGAAGCGCCCAAACUCCAUGCAUGAGACUUUGCCUUCAUUAUCAAGGAUCCAGGACCGGAAAGGCCAACUUCUCCCUCAUUUUGAAAUCAGCUUUCUCCACCUGCACAACUGCAUAGCACAGAUACAGAAGCCAUCCUGUUGCAGGAUUUGAAUGCAAAACUUAUCUUCUUACUCUAAAGAUGAAUGAUCAGGGAGAGAUUUAUUCAACCCUGAGAUUUUUGCAGUCUCCUUCAGAGUCACAGAAUAGAUUAAGGCCUGAUGAUACUCAAAGGCCUGGGAAAACUGAUGACAAAGUCUUUCAGUGUGUUCAAGAAAAACAUGAACAGCAGGAAAUUCUAAGAAACUGUAGUGAAAAGUACAUCAUGCAAAAUGAUAACUACUUAAAAGAGCAGCUUUUGACAAAUAAGACUUUAAAAUAUGACAUUCUCAAAAAAGACAGCUUUCUGCAGAAAAAGGAACUGGAUUCACUCCUCAUGCUAAAGAACAGAUGUCAUAGAGAAAAUGAGAUCGUUUUAAAAUUUUUGCAAAAUACAGGCAAAUUCUCUGAAGACCACUGGUCCUGUUGUGGAGUAAACUGUUAUUAUUUUACCAUGCAGAAGAAAGACUGGAAGGGAUGUAAACAAACUUGUCAACAUUGUAGAUCAUCUCUUUUGAAGAUAGAUGACAAAGAUGAACUGGCCUUCAUUCAAUCUCAGAUUUAUGAAAAUAAUUACUGGAUUGGAUUAUCAUAUGAUGAAAGGGAAAGUAAGUGGAAAUGGAUUGAUAAUGACACACCUGGAAUUAAUUCUACAAUAAUGCGUUCUUCUUCUGGGAGAGGAGAAUGUGCAUUUUUGACCUCAACAAGAAUGGCAACUAUUGAUUGCAUUCAAAAGUACAAUUGCAUCUGUGAGAAGAGAACUGACUCUAUUUUCUCUGAUUCAAUGUGCACUAAGAAGAAAAGGUGAAAAUGGAAUGUUUUCUUUUUUUGUUUCCUAUAAUAAUUUGUGAUUAUAAAUCAUUGCUUUUAACUGCAGGACUUAGUUAAUUCUUGAAAAAAUAAAGAUGAACAGGAAGAAAAAGAAAAUUCUUUUGGACUAUGACUUUAAAGAUCAGAUGCCAUCUUUCUUCCUGGAAAAGAGGAGAUUUUCUCUUUUUUUUUUUUUUUUUUUUU